AGCACUAUCAAUUCAUUUUCUAUCAUCUAGGAUGAGCAAAUCCUGUCAACUCUCGUUUACCAUUCUUAUUGUCUUCACAAUUGUUGUCUAGGUUUGUGUGGUUGGAAAUGUGGAGCAAAAAAGCCAAGAUUGGUGUUGGAGCGUUGUAAACAAAGACCGUUGUCUUCAGAAAGAGUGUGAAUCUCUGUGUUUGAAAAAAAAUCCAAAAGGAAAAUUUAUUUGCGCACCUUCAACCCCGGGAGGACCUUUUCAAUGUCAAUGUCGUCAUCCUUGCCGUUAAGUCUGUUUUUUUUUUUUUUUAAACAAAAAAAUCUCAAAUAAUGCAAAGACAUGUUUAGAAUAUGUGAUUUUGCUAAGAUAUGUUUUUAUGAUAAUAAAAGGUUUUUUUAUUAUUAUUAUUGUAUGUUUAUUA